UUCCGCCAGGACAUAUAAAUGGUACGAGCGUCAGUACCUAGCUCGCCUUCCGCAACCAUCACCGCAUCGCAUCGCAUCUCUCACUAUCCACCCCCCCACCAUGCCUCCGUCGCACCGUCGAACGCAAUCGGCGCCAGCCUUUGGAACGCCCCUCCAGCGCACGACCACGCGCACCUCAUUUGACUCGUGUGACCGUCCCGCCGCGAAUGCUUCUGCUUCUUCCUCGUCGUCGUCCUCGUCUAAGAAGAGUGGGGUAAAGGAUUACAAGGAGAUCAUCAUCAGUGGAGUCUCCACGCUUCUGCUCAUCCCUGUGCCCUACCUCAUGUCUGAGCGCAAACGAUCAAAACAGGCCGCGACGCCAGACGAAGUCCCAGAACUGGACGACGAGGAUACCGGGGAUCUAUUCAGCCGCCUCUUCCGGAGGAACAGCAACGGCAAGGGCAAGGGGCGCGGGUACUUCGAUAUCCAAGGCUCGCCUAGAGCCAACUCCGGCCCGCCGAGCCCCGCCGACCCACCCACGCCCGGCGAUGACGAUCCGUUCCUCUACCACCUCCCCGAGCACUCGCCCACGCUGCCGCACCCACCCCCCGCCGAGCGCCGCGCUGUGCACUUCGCGCUGCAGCCGCAUCCGAACUCGGCUGCCGGUGCGUUCGCGACGCCGCCUGGCAAAGACGGGCAGGAUCCGGCGUGGACAGACUAUUACUGAAUCUCAUUCGGGUUCGGCAAUCAGCGGGGUUUCCCGGGUCUCGUGUCCUUUUCUUUCAUCUCGGGGUUAUCUUGAUGUUGUACAAAUCAAUCCAACGAGGGCACCUCGCAACAUAUGUAGUAGUACCAGCAACACUCUGUAUCAUACCAUACCAGCUAUCGUACCACACGUCACGCAUUCAUGAAUUCUACGCCGACGCUAGUUACAACCGAG